AUGCUCAGGUCAACAUACAAGCCGUCAGAUAACGCCGCUCCAUUGCCGCCUCUUCUGCCCGGAUGGACUGAGCAUACGGCGCCGACGGGACACAAGUACUACUACAACGCCGAAACGAAAGAAUCGACAUACACAAGACCCAGUGCGCCCGACGCCGUUGCCGCUGCACCUCAAACAUCCGCGCCGCCGUCCGCCUCCGCGAGCUUCUUUCAAUACCAGACGAUCCCGCAGCUCUCCGAUCCGAACGUUGCAAAUGCAUACCUGGCGCAGUACAAUGCGCAGAACCAGCCACCCGCUGCGCAGCGUGGCGGGUUCGGUCACGGGGGUAGAGGGGGCAGAGACAACGGGCGCCCGCGUCCGGAACCCAUAGACAAGCCCAAGUCAAAGACUCCUAUACCCGGACAUGAGCCUUGGAUUCUUGUCGAAACAAAGUAUAGUCGCCGAUUCGUCUAUAACCCGGACAAGAAUGCCAGUUACUGGAGAAUCCCCGAGAAGCUGAUGCCUGGCAUCCUCGAGUUGGACAAGGCCAGGAUACGCGAGAAGGCAGGCAUCGCAAGCGCAGGUCCGGACGCCAAGGAGGGAACUCCCGGGGCGCAACCAAAACAGCCUCGCGAAGUCAGUGAAGGAUUGCCCGAUGAUGGCAAUGACGACAGUUCAGAGUACGAAGAGGUCGAAGUCACAGACGACGAGGCUGAGGGCGACGACGGCGAGGAUGGACACAACUCCAAGCGCCAGCGCACGGAAGAAGCAGCCGAUGACGCAGUGGUGGAGUUUAGCGAGGCUGACAUUGCGUUCCAACUGCAAGCAAUGGGCGAGGCGUACGGACUUGACCCCGGCGAAUACGAUGACGGAAACAUGGACGAAUGGCCCGAAGGCGCGGAGGGCGUAGAGUUCUCGCAGGAGGACGCCGUUGCGCUGUUCAGGGAUCUUUUGGACGAUUUCAACAUAAACCCGUACAACACGUGGGAGAAGAUUAUCGAAGACGGUCACAUCAUUGAGGAUCCGAGAUACACAAUCCUCAACACGAUGAAAGCAAGGAAGGACGCAUGGCAGGAGUGGUCCAAGGACAAGAUCAGAGAGAUCAAAGAGCUUCGGGCAAAGGAAGAGAAGAAGGACCCUCGGAUACCCUACAUGGCACUACUGCAGGAAAAGGCAUCGCCCAAGCUCUACUGGCAGGAGUUCAAGAGGAAAUAUCGGAAGGAACCGGCGAUGACGGACCCCUACGUCAAAGACAAAGACCGCGAGAAGUGGUACCGAGAGCAUAUCAAUCGUCUAAAGAUGCCUCAAGCAACGCUCAAAACGGACCUCGCCACACUUCUCAAGUCAUUACCGCUUUCUGCAUUAAACAACAAGACGAAUCUGUCGCGUCUGCCACCACAGUUGUUGGUUGACAUCAGAUACAUCUCCCUGCCCGUGCAAGUAAGAGAUCCUCUUAUUCAGGCGUACAUCCAGACCCUGGACCCACCACCAGAGGGCGAGACCACCGCGGAAGAAGAUGAGACUACGCGGAAGGCUAGAGAAGCCAGGGACCGGAGAGAAAAGGCACUGCGAGAGCAUGAGGACAAGGUCGCGGAACAGAAACGAAGGCAGCAGCGGAGCCUCGAAAUGGGCAAGGCUCGGCUGCGGGAGGAAGAACGGGAGAUUGAACGGGCGAUGCAGGUCGGAAAACGUGGGCUGCAAAGCCAACUGGCGAGCGCUCAGCGGGAUGAACCCGAUGCAUCGGGAGGUAGUUAG